AUGAUAACAAACAGUACGUUUCUGUUGAUAUGCAUAGCAUUAGCUUCCGUCACUGCUCAGACCUUCCAGUACUCCAGAGGCUGGACGAAUGGUAAACGCGAUGGGCACAAGCAGGCCGAAGAUCUGAGGCAUAUGGCAUCGAGUGUUGAGAAGAUCCUGAAUCCAUGCCAAUUGAGCAAGUUGAAGUAUGUUCUCGAAGGCAAGCCACUCAAUGACAGGUUAUUCGUCCCUUGUGAUUAUUUCGAAGAAGAUGAGGUUAUCAAAAGUUACAAGAAUGAUAGAAACCAGGAACCCCUUUUCGAAGCUUUCCAAUGA